AAUUAUAUGUAUCUAGAAGUCCAUUACAUCUAGUUUAGUUCGAAAUCCACAACAGAGUCUUAGUCCAUUGUCAAUAAACUAGAGAAGACCACCAUUUUGGGUGUUCUAUGGAUCAGGCGGCAUUGACUUAAUUGGGUGACAACCAAAUUUCGUACAAUGUUGGAAUAAUUAUGUUCUCGGAGCCCCCUAUUGCUCGGACUGCGAAGUUGACCAUAAAUUUCCCAGAUCAACUCAAGAAGUGGCGAGACGUCUUUCUUUAACAUCAAAUACUCUUUCAUUCGGGCGUCAGUCAGUUGGUAAUUUACCUGCACAAAGGUCCUCGCCGUAUCUACGACUACAUAUAAAAAGUCAUUUAGAUUACGAAGUCCUCGGUAAUCUACGCGUAGAGUCGCUCGUUUGCUCGCCUCGUCAUUCGUUUAUUUGACAUUCAUCAACAUGCGCGUUCUUUACCUUGGUGGUGCAUUUGCCCUUGUGGGUAUGGCAAAAGCUGGAGUGAGACGAUGGACAUUCCCAGACUGCGAAGAAGACAACUGUUAUCGCGCAUUCAUCAACCAGCAGUACACGGAUCUCGCCGGGUCAUUCUGCCUGGAAUUUCUUGCUUCUACGACUACCGACCCUUCUGUUAUCCCAACACCAUUUAAAAACUGCGAUGAUGAUGUUAACGCCGCCAGCUCAGCAUGCUCAUGCAUCACUUAUACACUUACACACACGUUGACGUCAAGUACUCCUGAGGCUACGCCUACAUCAUCUACCCCUGUGGUUACCACUCCCACACCCACUGAGGUCCCAUCGUCAACCGAGACGCCAUCAGAGACGCCAUCGACAACACCUAGCCCCGAGGUCAGCUCCCCGGAACUUCCGUCUACCUCUCCUCCCGAGUCUACCCCGAGCAUUAGCACUCCGAGCACCCCUCCGGCAAGCAGCUACCCAACAGUCAGUUACACACCAAGCAGCUAUCCAGCGAGCAGCGCCGUGACAAGUGGCUAUCCGGGCCCUAGUUAUCCUGGAGUCAGUUCCAGCGCCGAAGUGUACCCAACAGGAUCAGUUACCACCCCGGCUUCCUCAAGCUGUCCCGAAAGCAGCAGCAUCUAUGGGAGCUUGACCACAUCAACCAUCUACGCGACGACUGUGUACACUGUGACAACUUGCGCAUCAAGCGUCGCGAACUGCCCGGCAACUUCAGCACCCUAUGUCACUACGGAAACAUACCCCGUAACCGUGACCGUGGUCCCCGUUAACCCUCCAGCAUCAUAUCCUGUUUGGACUGGUCCUGGAGUGAUCAAUGCCACUAGCGUGCUGCCUACGUCGAAGGGUGUUGUAGGACCGACAUCGACGUUCCCUGUCGGCGGCGGGUACAGCGCUAUCCCAACGGCCGCUGGAGCUCGCGUUGGGCUGAACGAGGUUGUCAUGGCGGCUGGCGUGCUCGCUAUUGCUCUCAUUUGAGCAGAAUAGGUGUUUUCACAGACUUAAUUGCCGUAUGAUUCGAGUGAAGGGGGGGUUUAAUCACGAGUAAUAUUCGGGGACGAGUUUGAUUGAAGACGAUUUUUGAGAUAUGAUUAAUCAGCAAUAAGCCUUAACGUACUAAUAUGAUACUGUGCCACAUCACUUUCAACUGC